AUGAACAGUCUUGUACGAAGGAGGAAUCGCGCAUCUGAAUACAGCCGUGCCAUGGUCAAUCGAGCAAAGCAAUGGAUGCCUCAUCGGAAGUUUUCUUGGCGUAGGCGUCAGUCAACAACAGCCGUUGCCGUUAGUACAGCUUGGUUCUCACUAUCGUUGCCAAUUACUUUGAAUAUCAAGUUUGAUGGUGGCACACUCAAGCCGUAUCAAGUGAAUUUGGUGUUGAUUGGCGUGUUGCUAUCGUUGUUACUAUUGUUCUUUGGAUGCUAUCAACUUGGGCGUGUUAUUGGACUCGUUGAAGUGGUGCUUUAUGGCUUGGAUGGAUGUAUUCGAGUACUGUUUCUUGCAGCAACAAAGAUGCUGAGACUAUGA